AUGUAUUCCGACGAGGCUUCCUCUGGCCUCACACGCAAGCUUAAGACCGAGAGCGGCGCAGCGCCUCACUCCGCGCCGUCCUCAUCGUCCCAAAACAAGCACGACGUUGCUGGCCCGCCGCCCAAGUCCCGUCCUCUGAUCGAUUCAUACCGGCCACAGCGCGAAAACUACCGUUCUUCUUCGUCUCUUGGCCCCAGGCCUUUCAGAAACUCUGGUCAGCGUCCUCUUAUUGACUCGUACAGACCGCAAGCGCAGCCAGCGAGUGGUUACAGCCAUGCUCCGCCCAAGCGCAAGGCGUCAGACUCGUCCGACUACAGCGUUCCCGCGCACCAUGACAGCGAGCCGAGCCGGAAGAGGCAGGGCACGGGCAGAAAGCCGAAUCCGCUCUCGGCAGCUUGCGCUUUGGAAAGCCCAAGGACUCCCGCUUUGUCCAGCUCCCCCGCCAGUACAACCAGCGCCAGACCCGCACACGCCACAAGCUACCACAACGAAGCAUACGCCAGAGCCGCGCGCGGCAGAGUUACGGACCGGUAUGUAGACGUCUACCGCUCGCAGGAGCGCCAACGCCUUCGCCCUGAUCGAUCCGGCCCGCCGCCGCCGCGCGACUACGACUACGACUACGACCCCUACCCUCCUCACCCGCGCCGCAACGCCAGUCUUCCGUCUCUCCACCGCCACCAGGCCCGCUCGCCCUCCCCUCCGGACCACCACCACCGGCACCAGCACCAGCACCACGAGCAAGCCCUGGUCCCCUAUCCCACCAUCAACCCCGCCGCCGCCGCUGCCACCGGCCACCUCCCCUCCCCCAAAUACCUCCCCCCGCUCUCCUGCACCCCCGGCCGCAUCAUCUGGGUCAAGCGCCUGAUCCCCACAAACACCAACACCAGCACCAGCACCAUCAACUCCACUACUCCUCAAAGCCAAAACCAAAGCCAAAACCAAGGCUGGCGCUCCCACCCUGGCGUCAUCCUCGACGCCGAGGACCCCACCGACGCCCGCGCCGACGCCUUCGCCUACGUCGCCACCACCACGUCCUGGAGCGUCUACCGCGGGCUCGACGCCAAGUUCGCCGCUGCCGCCGCCGCCACCCGCGACGAGCUGGCGGCGUCGUUUUGUCGCGUCGUGCUGGUGUCGCCGACAGGCGCUGCCAGCUCUUCUUCGGCUUCGGGUUCGUCUUCGGCUUUGUCUUCGGCGUCGUCUUCGUUCCGUGGUGUGGGUGCGGGUGUGGAUGUUGGGACUGGGACCGCGACGGGAAAGCUGAUGGGCGAGGUGCCCGAGGUCCGGAUCGAGGGCGCGGACGUGUUCGAGCAGGAGACGUACGUGGACGGGCGGGCGGUGCGGCGCGUGCGCAAGCGGGAGCUGGGCCGCUACGUGAAGAAGGGGACGUGCGACGAGGCGUUUGUGACGGCGGGCUCGCUGAGGGAGCUGAAGGCGCAUCUCAGGGCGCUGGCGAGCCGCGGCAACGGCGUGUGGGACCGCGCGGACCUGAGGGACUUAAGGGCGUGGGCGAGGUGGGAUGAGGGGAAGGAGGAGGAGCUAGAGGAGGAGGAGGGGAGGAGGAGGAAGAAGAAAAGAGAGGAGGAUGGGAAGGAGGAGGGGGAGAUUUCGGAGGGGGGGUAG